AUGUCUGACACCAUGGUCACCAUGCUCUUCCUCGUGGUCUUCACGUCGCUGCAGAUGGUAAGCGGCGACCGCACCAUCCUCGGGCGAAGAGGCAUCGCCGCAGAGAAGGAGUCUCGAAGCCUAUUCUUGGAAGCAGGUGAUGCUUCCGAAUCCUUGCGUUGCGAAGAAGAGCUUGGAAUGCUCAAGAAGGGGAUACAGGAGAGUUGCGAAGAGGACCAGCGAAAUGGUGCGACAGUCUCUGCUGGAGGCUGCCAGGCCGAGGCGGAAGCCGUUGUCAACGAUGGAGACUACGAGGUCUGGAGCCAGAGCUUGCUGACCUGCGGGAGCGAGAAGACGCACCUCUUGUUGUGGAGUGGGUAUCAAGAUGAAGAGCGUGAAGACGUCCUUCGACCAUUGCGACAAAAGGGCGGCUGCGUCUUGCAAAGCCAGGAGGAUCCGGACACCCGGCUCGGGCAGCUCUUGAAUGCUCCCGGUGUGAAUACCCUGAAGUCCUGCAGCCUGCCGAAGGUCAAAGCCUUCUGGGUGGGCGCAUCCCGGCAGUUUGCCAGCACCUGGGCUGCGAGGUCCCAAGAUGUCAUCGUGGCGAUCAACUAUCACAAACAGCAAGGGCUGUCUUACAAAAUUCUUUUCGACACUGUCUUUUACAGAGGCGAGCUGAAAGCGGCCGUUCAAGCCUUCCGCGACGGGUUGCAGAUGCGCAUUCUUUACACACAUCCCGGCAUGACAGAUGGUGACAUGAUUGCGGCGACUUCCGUCAUGUACGAAAGGGCACGCCUGCUGUCCCCUGUGCCCGCAUCGAAGUUUCGGGAAACCACCACAUGGCGUUUUGGUCACUGCGCCAAGGAGAACCUUGCGCAAGCAGUCAGCCAGACACAGCGUCUCCUCGAUCCGGACGGUCCUGAUUUCCUCAACAACCUUGGAGUCAUGUACUUUGAGGGCCUCGGGGUAGCUCAGGACUUGCAGGAGGCGCGAGGCCUUUUUGAGCGGAGCAUGGCGAGAGGCAACGAAAGGGCCCCAACCAGCCUUGGCAUGAUGUACCAGCAGGGGCGAGGUGUUAUUCAAGACUACCACAAGGCCAGAGAUCUGUAUCAGAUUGGUUACGCAAGGGGCGACGACCUAGCCGCUGCAAUGCUUGCCGGGCUGUACCGCGAUGGCUUGGGAGAGGACCAGGAUUUCCACAACGCCAUAAUUCUGUAUCAGCAGGCCAUUGAAAGGGGCGACUCUAGAGCGGCGAAUUGGCUCGGUAUCAUGUACCAGAAUGGGCAAGGUGUCGCCCAAGACUUGCAGAAGGCCAGAGAACUUUUCGAGCUGGGCAUCGCAAGAGGCGACACCUUUUGCGCCGAAACCCUCGGAAACAUGUACAUCCAUGGCACUGGGGUGACCCAGGAUUUCCACAAGGCCAAAGAAUUAUUUGAGACGGCCAUGUUAUGGGGUUCUGCUGAAGCUGCAUCUCAGCUUGGACACAUGUACAGGGAUGGCCUGGGGGUGGACCAAGAUUUCCACAAGGCCAGAAAAUUCUAUGAGACGGCCAUCGAAAGGGGCUCGAUCGGAGCCACAAAUGAGCUUGGUAACAUGUACCAGUAUGGGAGAGGUUCAGCCCCAGACUGGCUCAAGGCCAAAGAACUGUACGAGCUGGGAAUCGCAAGAGGCGACAUUUUGUCCCCGGAAAGCCUUGGACAUAUGUAUCGCGAUGGCCUCGGAGUGGUCCAGGACUACCGCAAGGCCAAAGAACUGUACGAGAUGGGCUUCGUCAGAGGCAGUAGUGGAGCUGCCCUCAGCCUUGCGUGCAUGUACCAAUACGGCCUCGGCGUAUCACAGGACUCUCAGAAAGCCCGGGAACUCUAUGACAAAUCUCCCGGAUCGAGUGGCACUUCUUCCAUGGCGUCCUUGGCCCCGCCCUUCUGCCCAAGAACGAUCUGA